AUCAUCAACCAGAUCAUGGACGAGUGCAUCCCUCAGGACCGUGCCCCGCGGGACUUCUGUGUCAAAUUCCCUGAGGAGAUUCGGCAUGACAACCUGGCCGGCCAGCUGUGGUUCGGUGCCGAGUGCUUGGCUGCCGGCUCCAUCAUCAUGAACCGUGAGCUUGAGAGCAUGGCCAUGCGCCCACUGGCUAAGGAGCUGACCCGCAGCCUGGAGGAUGUGCGGGGCACCCUCCGAGACCAGGCACUACGGGACCUCAACACUUACACGGAGAAGAUGCGGGAGGCUCUGAGGCACUUUGAUGUCCUAUUUGCGGAGUUUGAGCUGAGCUACGUCUCGGCCAUGGUGCCCGUGAAGUCCCCCAGGGAGUACUAUGUGCAGCAGGAGGUCAUCGUGCUGUUCUGUGAGACGGUGGAGAGGGCCCUGGACUUCGGGUACCUGACCCAAGACAUGAUUGACGACUACGAGCCGGCCCUCAUGUUCACCAUCCCAAGGCUGGCCAUCGUGUGUGGCCUCGUGGUCUAUGCAGAUGGACCCCUGAACUUGGACCGCAAGGUGGAAGACAUGUCUGAGCUGUUCCGGCCCUUCCACACCUUGCUGCGGAAAAUAAGGGAUUUACUACAGACACUGACCGAGGAGGAGCUGCACACUUUGGAGCGAAACCUCUGCAUUUCCCAGGAUGUGGAGUUCUCCAUCCGAGCGGACGUGCAGGUGCCUGCUGUCCUGGCCCCUACCUUUCCUGCACCCCUUCCCCCUGAGGAGCAGCACUCAGCUAAGGCCCAAGACUCAGAGGCAGAGCUGGCCUGCUCCAUGCAAUAUGAUGACCAGGAGCUGGAGCAGCUCAGUCGCAUGGUCCACAGGGCUGGGGACGAGAUGUCCUCUCUGCUGUCACCGCCCAGUGCCUGCCAGUCCCCAGCACACAGGCCGGGAGCAGAGGGCAGCCCAUGUGGGGAGGCCUCUCCAGGCAGAGCGCACCUACAGGUGGACAGCAACGAGGACCGUGUGUUCUUUAUGGAUGACGUGGAGGGCACAGCAGAUGCCCCUGCCAGGCCUGAGUCCCCUCAAGGUCCAUUUGAGUGGUCAGAUAGCACCCAGCCCGACCCCCAGGAGAGAGGUCAGGGAGGCCAGAGCCGAGGGGCUGAGGUCACUGCUUCCAUUGCGGAAAAGGAGGACCUGAGCAACAACAACAACGACAUGGGGGAUGGCGGUACACAUGUGGCCAGCCUCCUGGGCUCCAACUCCUGCAGCUGCCUGGACUCGCAGCUUUACCUGGACGGCUGGGAGGUGGGGACAGAUGACGCCGAGACAGCCGAGAUGAUCGCCCACCGCACGGGGGGCAUGAAGCUCUCAGCCACUGUCAUCUUCAAUCCCAAGUCGCCCAAUUCCUUGGACUCUGCCACCACUACCCAGGAAACCCCAGGCCUGGGUGCUUCCCCUUCUGGGCCUGUGGCUGAGGGCACAGAGGGCAGCUCCCACAGACUCAGCACUGCAGCCACUGACUGCCUGCUGCAUUCCUGUGUAUGCUGUGGGAGCUGUGGGGACAGCAGGGAGGAUGCUGCAGAGUGCCUGCGGGAGAAGUGCCACCCCGGGAGCAUCAUCGGUGCCUCUUACACAGCUGGCUUAGCCAAGGCCGGCAACAAGGGCCCUGACAGGCAGGACAAAGCCUGGCCUGUCUCUGAGGGCCCCCUGCCCACAGAAGACACCUGUGACACACAGGAUCCCAAAGCCCCCACUCCCAGUAGCUGCCUGGCACAGACCUCAGGUUCCCAGGUGGAUGCAGCAAAUGGGUCUCAGGGAGAGGCUGAGGUCACCGGUCAACAGCAGGGACUAGAGGCCAGACAGCAGGAUAGCAGGACAUCGACAGCCCAGGGGGAGCUGCAGCAGCCACUGGGCUCCAGCAGCUCUACGGCUGGCUCCUGUUCCUCAGACAAGACUGGGCCGGCAGCGGCCCCAGCAGCAACACCUGUCACCCCAGUGGCCACGAGAGAGAAGAUUCGGUCCAGGUUCCACGGCAGCCACGACCUGAUCCACCGCCUGUUUGUGUGCAUUUCAGGUGUGGCUGACCAGCUGCAGACCAACUAUGCUAGUGACCUGAGAAGUAUUCUUAAGACGCUGUUUGAGGUCAUGGCCACCAAGCCAGAAACGGAUGACAAGGAAAAGUUAAGGAAGGUCACCCAGACUCUGCGAGGUGCAACCUUGGAGGACUGUGCAUUAUGUCAGGAGACCCUGUCAUCCUCCGAACUCGCAGCCAAGACCCGUGAUGGGGACUUUGAAGACCCACCUGAGUGGGUGCCAGACGAGGCCUGCGGCUUCUGCACCGCCUGCAAAGCACCAUUUACCGUCAUCCGACGAAAGCACCACUGCCGUAGUUGUGGGAAGAUCUUCUGCUCGCGCUGCUCCUCGCACUCCGCACCGCUGCCCCGCUAUGGGCAGGUGAAGCCAGUCCGUGUGUGCACGCACUGCUACAUGUUCCACGUCACGCCCUUCUACAGCGACAAGGCUGGCCUGUGA